GUAUUGCUAGGAGCAACAAAGCGAUCGAUCAUCCCCGCGAGGUUUUAGGGUCAACAAAAAAAUUCAAAAUUGAAGUAAAAGCAUUAUUUUGCCCUGGAAAAGAUACAUAAUUUAUAAAAGGUAAAACACAAAUGUUUUUUAAAAUGCUUUUGUCAUUACCUGGUCACUGGAAGUCACGUUAAAAACGUCCAUCCCUACUAAGCCGUAGACAAACAAGAAAGUAAACAAAAGAUUUAAUCGUCUCUUAUGUUUACUACAAAUACGAGCCGGUCCUAAAUUGCGAUUAAAUAUGGAGGACUUGUGCCGAAUAUGUGGGGGCCACUCCAAAACGUUGGUGGGCAUUUUCGACGAUGAGGGCCAACAGGGUCUCAAAGGAGAAGUGGAACCCCAUCUCGCCGAGAUGGUCAGGAGUUGUGCCGACGUUCAGCUAGAUCCUGACGAUUCCCUGCCCCAAAAUUGCAUUGCCUGUGUCCACGACGCAAGAACUGCCUACGGAUUCAAGCGGAGAUGCGAAGAAAGCUACAGGAAGUUCUACUUGGCGUUAAGCAAUCAGCAGUUCAUCAAGGAGGAACCCAACGAGGACUAUCUGGUUAUUGAGGACCUGUUUGACGGGGAUCUGAAUGUGAAGGAGGAGUUUAUCGACGAAACCCCGAGGACCCACCAAAAAGAGCGAACCACAACCAAAAGUACUAGUAGAGCAAUCAGACAGCCAAAAGCUAGAAAGAAACUGUCCAUCAAGUGCGAGCUCUGCAUCAAGGAGUUCACCCACCAAAGAAACCUCUUGGAACACAUGAAAAUUCACAGCAAUUCCCACGUAUGCAAAGACUGCGGAGAGCGUUUCCUGUUCAAAAGCGAUCUGGACAAGCACCAGUGCUACCACACCAGCGAUUCCAUAGAAUGUCCCGUUUGCCUGAAGGUCUUUUCGAACACCCAACUGGAUAAGCACAAAUGCGCGGAGAUAGAAGAACGGCCCUUCCAGUGCCCCCACUGCCCGCAAACCUUCAGCCAGGAUCAACAACUCAAGGCUCACCUGUUGCUCCAUCCUGAUCCCAGCCUGAGCGAAGGGCCCCAUAGAUGCUCAUACUGCCAGGCGGCUUUCUUCAAUAAGUCCGCCCUCAAGGUGCAUAUCCACGCCCAUAUGGGCGAGCGGCCAUACUCCUGCUCCUACUGCGCGUCCAACUUCCGUUCCAGGCAGGCUCUCAUGGUGCACACUCGGACGCACACGGGCGAGAAGCCCUACAAAUGUCCGCAUUGCCCCAAAACCUAUUCGGACAUCAGCAACAUGGCUAAGCACCGGCGACGCCACACAGACGAACGGCUAAAGUGCUCCAUCUGCCCACAGGACUUCCGGGAGAAGCACCACCUAAAACGCCACUUCCUGGGCAAGCAUCGGGACGACGAACAGCCACUGGAAUUGGAGUGAUACUUCUAGGCAUAAGCAUUUACGGCGGUUCAAUCGAAUACGCAAGUUGUUUCGGUUUUUUACGUUUAAUUAAAAAUGGCUUUGAGACUUAUUAUUAUCGGCAUUCGUAUGCGUAUGCGCGUUUCUAAAACUGGA